AACAGAAACCUUUAAGAAAUCACGUGUGCUGUGUUCGUUAGAUACAAACGGAAAAAUCCGGAGGACAUAUAAUUUUAUGCAAUACUCGAUUAGUUAUCUGAAGAAUUCUAUCACGAGUUAUCUAAGAAUCUGAACUGAGAUUACGAAACCGAUACGAAAAAUGAGUUUCUGGAUUAUUUUGAUGUUUGUUUCUUUGGCGUAUGCAGUAAAGAAAGAAUGUCCUGGUGGAACUUUUUCAUGUCCGGAUAGUGCUACAUGCUGUGAACUUGCUGACAAAUCCUAUGGCUGUUGCCCUAUAGAAAAUGCUGUAUGUUGUGAUGACCAUAUUCACUGUUGUCCUGCAAAUACCAAGUGUGCUACUGACCUGUGUCUCCAAAGCAAUAACAAAAGUAUGGAAUUUCAUUUGUUAAGAAGUAAGGAUGUUGUUUGUGAUGAUCAGUCUAUAUGCCCUGAUGAUGCUACCUGCUGUAAAAAUCCACAAACUCAAAAAUUUGGUUGUUGUCCAAUGGAAAAUGCGGUUUGUUGUGAUGAUGGUUUACACUGUUGCCCUGAAGGUACAACUUGUAACUUAGAAGAAAGAAAAUGUGAUGGAGAUGGAUAUGUUACCCACAUGUAUGAUUCUCAUAAAAAAUCUUUCGAAUCCAUCAUUUCUAAUAUAACUUUGUCUUUUUUACGUUCUAAUAAGGGAUCCAGUGUCAUAUGUCCAGAUGAACAAUCCCAAUGUCCAGAUGGCUAUACUUGUUGUAAAUUACGAAAUCAGGAUUAUGGUUGUUGCCCAUUUAUCAAAGCUAGUUGUUGUAAAGAUGGUUUACAUUGUUGUCCAGAAUAUAUGCAUUGUGAUGCAACAUCCCAAUAUUGUAGUCAAGGUCUUAGGAAUGUCACAUCUCUUCGUCACAUCCCAGCAAAAAAGAUUUCUGAAAACAUCUGCCCUGACCAUAGUUUUUGUGAAGAUUUUGAAACAUGCUGUAAAAUGAGUAAUUCUACUUAUGGAUGUUGCAGAUAUGCUAAUGCUACUUGUUGUUCUGACCUUUUAUCUUGUUGCCCUAGUGAUAUGGUUUGUGAUAUUAAGCAAAAUCGUUGUUUGCGGAAAGAAGAUUUGGUUGUAGCUUUUUUGAAUAAUUUGGUGUAAAAAAAAUUUUAAAUAUUAAGAUUUUGAUUUGUCCGUCUUCAUUUUUUUAUGCAUUUAUAUAUUUUUUUUAUUUAAUGUCACUUAAAAAUUGUAUUGGCAUUUAUAUGUUAUCUUAUUUUCUUUAUGUUCAGGUUUUGUUCCUGCAGAGGUGUGUGUUUAUAAUUGGCAUUUUUUCUAAUCUCUGAAUAUUUUUUACUUUACAGUAUGUCUGCAUACUUAGAAGGGGGAAGAGAGCCAGUUGUAUUGUGUUAAAAUAGUUAUUACAAUACAGGUAUAAUGUUUUCUAAAGCACUACUUAAAUAUUUAUUUUAUUUUUAAAUAGGUUCAUACAUGUUUAAAUUGAAUUUUUCUUUCUUAUGAUUCUUCUGAAGGUUAUAUUAAAAGUGUGGAUAUUUAUUUUUCAGGUCUAAAAAGUAUCUUUAUAUUACAAAAAUAUUAAACAGUUUGUUGUAUUUGA